UGCAAAAUACAGACUACCAAACGCCGUCAUAAAGUGAUACGUUCUCUUUCCAGGAAUACAAACAGACAUAGUAUAGCGGACGAUUAAAAAGCAGACUCACUCGCUAAAACGUCCGGACACCCGCUCUUGUGUUCUGCUUCCGUUAGGUCUUUCUCCCUUCUUUUAUUUGCAGAAAGUGAACUCCUCGUUUCAGCUCAAUCAAUGUGCAGCCACGGAAUCUAUUUUCUUAUCCAGUGAUCGAGUAAAGACUUCAGAAAGGCAAAACUUAAAGUGACAUUCUUAGAAAUGUAUGGUAGCGGGUAGGAAGGGAGCAUAGCCAAAUAUAUGGAUCCCCAGAGGGUCCAAAGAUCAUUUGCAUGCCACCAAUUGGAUUCAAACCAAUUAACCUAAGACCUAAUCCGGCUUUCCGUGCGAUCACCUUGGAACAUUGGCGAAGAACAUAAAGCAGUUGAAUCAGAGUACCACUGCUCGCCCUGCCGUCCUUUCUUCAAAUACUGCGGCCAAUCGAGUAAGAGAAAUUUCUCAACCCCAAUCCCAUUUCCAGCCAUGAAAACUAUUUUCUCAUCCAAAAUAUUCUUUCUAUAGGUAAAACCGUAGGGCAGAAAACUGUUGGAUAUCGAUUCCAUCCAACUGACGCCGAAUUGGUUGGUCAUUUUUUGAAUCGGAGGAAUCUUGGUCGUGGUAACGACGAUAUGCCAAUUGCUGAGGUUAAAGUCUGUGACUUUGAACCCUGGGAUCUUCCUGAUCAUUCCAAGAUUAAAUCAGACGAUCAAACAUGGUAUUUCUUUUGUAACCGUGAUUUAUUAAAUAGCCGACGGGUUAACAGGACUACAAAGGCUGGGUUUUGGAAAUCCACUGGUAAGCUUCGAAAAGUGAAGACUAUUGGCACAAAGAAGGUCAUUGGUACCAAGAGGACUUUGGUCUUUCACAAGAAAGGACAUGUAAAAACCGAAUGGGUCAUGCACGAAUAUGAACAAAUUCCGAAGCAGGGAAACUUUGUUGUCUGUAAAGUAAAGACGAAAUCAGAAGGAAAGAUCAGCAACUGUAGACCAAAUGAAAUGGCUUCAGCUUCUGCUUCUGAGAUUGCUAUGACGGCUAAUUUAUCUUGUGGUGAAAGUGAAUUAUGCCAUCAUUUGGCUUCUGAUCUUGAAGAUCAAACUCCAAAUGGUAGGACUGCCGGAUCAACCUACCAUGAUGGGACAAGUUUUUGCAAGGUGAAGCCUUUUCUUAAAAGUCAAAACUCAGACAAGAAAACUGAUAUUUUAGUCUCCGAGGAAGGUGACUGGAGUCCCCUUAUGGCAACACUUGAUUAUGGAAGUCAAGAUCCAAACGAGCAGACUGAUAUCUCAACGCCUUCAGUGGCUGGUAGUUUAGAAAUUAAUGCAAUAGAGGUAGAGGGUCCAUUCUUUGAUGGCUUAAAAACAUUGAUUGAGCCAGAAGGCAGUCUUAACUCUGCCCAUUCUCACCUAUGAAUUCCGUGGAAAGUCUCUCCCAUGCCAUCUUUAGUAGCACUCUGCCCAAUGCCACCUUUUGUUUUUGUUUUUUUUGGUAUCUUGCAGCAUUGUAUAUAAACGAAGAACUCAUAGGGGCUUAUUUUGAUAGAUGAUAUAUGUCCAAUGUUUCAAGUUAUAACCUAUUUGCUUCCAAAACUCUGCAACUAGCAUUAACUGUAAGAAAUACAAUGCUUGUCUUAAGGUUCUGUUGGGACUGUUAGUCUUCCAUUUCUGGAAAUCUUGAACUUGAAAUUCUGUUUA